UAAAGGUGCUGAUUCCCCCUGGCCAAUGAAAAACACAAAGUGAAGGAUUGGGAAAAGUUUCGCCAAACCCAGAUGAACAUUAGAACCGGCAAGGAAGACCGCAAGUGCGAAUCUGUAGUGACAGUGUUGGGCGAGUGUGUGAGAAGGGGAAACCAAUUGGAGGAGCAGUGCUCAAAGACUUUAUCGUGCGAGAUAGCGCACCAAAACCACUAAACAUAAAUUGUGCCAGCAAAACAAGUCCUCUUCCACGUGUGUGACUGAACAAAAAAAAAAGAAGCUGCUAGAAUCGAACACUGCACUGUUAGAACGAGCAAAACUACAAUCACAAUUUUCGACGGACAUGGAAUGCAAUAAUAUCUACUGAAAUAUUUAAAUUCAAAUACGAGCGCAAAUUUUUGUGAGAAACAAAGCAACAACACAAAAUUUUAUCCUAUAAGCAAAUGAUAAUAUGAUCUAUCCCACGUGAAAGUUUACAUUGAAGAAAAAGAAGAACAACUAAAAGUGCACAUAUACCCAGAAUCUUAACUUGCCCUAGCGGCAAACCAGCAAACAUUUUAAACAGUCAUUUCUUGUUAGCAAGUAAAGAAAAUCACUAAACAAAGUAUCUGUGAGUAAGAAAAAAAUCAAUUCAAAGCAAAAUUCACACGUAAUCUGUCGUGCGUAAUUUGAAAACGAGCCUACACAUUAACUGAAACUCAACUCGCUGUGACCGCCGCUGUGACGGCAAACAGCAAAAACAGUACAGUAAGUGAGUGUUAUCAACGUUCUGUCUGCUUUUAUCUGUGGUUUAAGUGUAAUCUCAAGAAGCUGAAUCGACCUACGAACGAAAAGUGAAGUAACAAGCAACACGCUAAUGAUAACAAUAAUUUUAACAACAACAUCAAAAACAGUGACUCUGACGAUAUCAGAACAAUUAAAAAAAAUCAUAACUGUGUUCCACGAAGAGAAAGAAGAAGACGGAGACGAAUAAGACAACAAACAAAAAAUUAAAGCUUUAGUAAAAAGUGGUUAGAACAAACUCGAAGAGACUUAACCAGUAGAUUACCGUGUGGCGUGAACGAAGAGGGGUUCUCACCUGCUUCGCAGCCGCAUCUAUCGGAAAAGACUGUUCAGAGAGAGAGACAAUUUUACAACAAGUGAAUAGAUUAAUCAGAAAAAAAAACUCUAGUGAAAUACUAAGCGUGCUGCAACGUGAAGAAGCUGAACUGUUCCUAGUAUCGAGCAUUCCAAAUAACAAAAGUAUCUAGCAUCAAACCAACACAAACAAAAAAGAACAAACGGGUGCAUCUGCUGCAAAGAUCUGGCCAAACUGCCAACCAACCAUCGUAAGUGGAAAAAGGGGUAGGAAGAGACCAGUGAAUACUGCAAGAACACAAGAUAUUCAACGUUACUCAAAAUAUCCGACACAAACAAGUCUGAAUACGCUUUUACGAAAAACAAAAAAAACUUUAGUGAGUACGCGAGUGAGUGAGGGUGAGAAGCAUGAACCGGUUUUAAGGAACGGUCUCCAGAACAUUAUCAUGGGUGCAAUAACAAACGCGAUCGCCACAGAUCGUGAGUCGCGUUAGACGAUUGUCGCUUGCAAGGACGAGCAAGCUAACAACAACAACAACAGCCAUAACGUGAAGAAAGUGAAUAAUAAUAAUGAUUACACUGUGAAUAUGAUAUGUGAUUUUAUUGAUUACCUGAUUAAAUUUAACGUUAAUCGUAGCGUAAGUGUAGUGAAGAUGGAUUUGCUGCCACUCCAGCAACAGCACACCACAAAUGACCAAAUUGUAGUUGAUAAGGCCAAACCGUACUACGAGUCAGCAGACGAAACCGCGACGAAGCCAGUCACAUCAAACGGAAGUUACACAUCAUUCGAGGAGCUUUUGAGACUAACUGAGCGUCAGCGUGCCAUGGAGGCCACCGGGAUGGAUCUGUCCCGCUGUCUGCGUCUCCGUGGCGGUGGCGAAAGUUCACUGAACAAUGGAACCAGUGCAUGGGGUUCACCACCGGCAACUGCUGGAACAGCUUCCUGGGGUGCUCCACAGCAGCAGGGAGGCUGGGGAAACGCCGGACCAAACACGAACCAACGGCCAGACCUGGGAAAACCGAUGCAACCACCGCAAGGUGGCAACGGAGGACCACUGGUUGGUCCGAACAAUAGUGGCUCCAACAGCUGGAACCAGGUGGUCAAACCGCCACUCCAGCCACCACCCCAACAACAGCCACCAAUGCAGCCAAAUCAACCGGGACCACCCGGAGGCAACCCGGGAAACAACUCAAACCAAUCACCCUCGGUCAACCAACAACAACCACCACCUCAACCAGCCCCAGGCGUCAACCCACAACCCGGUGUACCGACCCAGACAUCUUCCGCCAAGCUGGAACAUCUCAACUCGAUGCGUGAAGCACUGUUCGCCGUUGACGGCUGGGGAUGUCAGCACGUCAACCAGGACACCCAGUGGGAUGUGCCAGCUUCACCGGAACCGGCCAAAGAUGCGAUCAAACAGAUCAUCAACAACGGAACGGAACUGUGGGAAACGAACCUGCGCAACGGUGGUCAACCAUCGCAACAACCAACACAGAAGGUUCCGUGGUGCCCGCAAGGUAACCACGGCGGCACCUGGGGCGUAGACGAUGACAACAAUCCGGAAAAUAACAGCGUUUGGGCUGGUGGUGCCGGCGGAGGUGCCGGAGCUGCCACUUUGCCCCCGGGAGGAGGUGGUGGUGGCAACGGAAACCCUCCGGUUGCAGGACAACCCAACUGGAACCAGAACAGUGGCGGCGCCAUGUGGCCUCCAAAUGUGGCUAACGCUCCACCCAAAAAGGAACCGGAAUGGACGGGAAAUGUCGGAGUGGCCGGUGCCGGUGGAAACAACUGGGAAAACCGUGGAGCCGUAGCUCCACCUCCACCACCUCACAUCCCUGCUCCUCCGUUGGACAUGGGCAACGUAGACAUGCGCAGCAUGCGUCCACCGGGCAGCAUCGAACCAAACCGCGAAUUCCGUGGAGAUCCACGUGGAAUCUCCGGUCGCUUGAACGGAAACUCGUCCGGUAUGUGGGAACAGCACCCGAUGCCAAACACUCCACUCAACAAGAUGCCGCCGCAAGCCCCACUGCUGAACGCUACCGGAAAUCAGUGGCCCGUUGGAGCCGGCGGACCACAGAACAUUCCACCUACUAAGCCACAACCCGGAUGGGACGAAGCAUCGCCACCGGCAAACCGUCGGAACAUUUCCAACAUGGACGAAGGCAGCUCCUUGUGGGGAGCCCCGGCCAAUAUGAACCGACCCAACGGUCCGGAUGCGAUGGUUCGCAACGGUAGAAACCCACUCGGAGGAAACUCCGGUCCCAUUGGACCGGGUGGCCUUGGAGGUCCAAGAUUGGGAGGACCAGGAAAUCAAAUGAAGUCCGACAACAUGUGGGGACACGGUGGACCGGGCUCGAUCCGUAAUGGCUCGUGGGGAGACGACGGCAACGUCGGAAACUGGGAAGAAAAGGGCCCCGGACCGCAGGGUGGCGUCGGCGGUGGCUCCACUUGGAACGAAGGAAAUCCGGCGACUUGGAACAACAACAAGAAACCUAUGGUCGGUGGUGGCAACGUUUGGCCCGAGACUUCGGACCUGAUCGGAGGAGAAUGGGGCGCUGGCGUAGGUAAACCACCGAACAAGCACAACCCGCAGGACAUCAUUCGUAGUAGCAAGCAGUUCCGUAUCCUGUACGAAAUGGGCUUCAAGAAGGAGGACAUUGAACAGGCUUUACGUACGGCGAACAUGAGUUUGGAGGAGGCGAUGGAAAUGCUGCAGACCCAGCGUAACAAUGGAAACAACAUGGCCGACUGGAGACGCCACGAUGAUCACCCGGGUGGUGGUUUCGAGCCACCGUUCUCCGGAGGACGUUUCCCAGGUGGUGGAAACGGACCGUCGCUACCGUUCCCUCAGAAUCCGAACGGACCCAACAACAACAACAUGCCCGGCGGCAUGGGAGGUGGUGGCGGCGGUGGCGGUAAUCCGAACCUGGCUGGUCUGAACAGCCUGAGCAAGGCGAACCUGCAAAGCUACCUGAACCAGGCGCCACCAUCCGGGCCGGGUGGUCCGUUCAACCAGGGAGGACCGAACGGAAUGGGCGGAGCUGGCGGUGCCGGAUCUGGUGGAGGUCUCGGAGGGCAAAACUCCUCCGCUCAACCGUCCACACAGCAGUUGCGCAUGCUGGUGCAGCAGAUCCAGAUGGCGGUUCAGGCGGGUUACCUGAACCACCAGAUUCUGAACCAACCGCUGGCACCGCAAACGUUGUUCCUGCUGAACCAGUUGUUGAAUAAUAUUAAGCAACUUCAAGUCACUCAAAACAGCCUGCAGCGCGGAGGUGCCGGUGGCAACGCCCAGAUGUCGAUGAUUCCCAAGAUCAAGCAGCAGAUUGCUGGGUUGCAGAACCAGAUCGCCACCCAGCAGGCCAUCUACGUGAAGCAGCAACAACAGCAGCAGCAGCAACAGCAGUCGGGAGGUUCCUCGAACGUCGGCGGUCACCUCGGUGGUAACUUCCACCGAGAGCAGAACGAUUUGACCACGCUCCAGAACAGUCUCUCGGAGAUGGGUCUGGGCGGUAAGGAUCCGAGUGGACCGUAUCAUCAUGGCCCCGGUGGUGGAGGGGCUGGCAAUUCGGGUGGGGGAUCUGGUCCCACGAGCCAGCAGUCUCGGCUGAAUCAGUGGAAGUUGCCGGCGAUGGACAAGGACAGUUCGCACGAUUUGACGGAUUUCUCGCGCGCUCCGGGAACCACUGCCAAGUCAUCGCUGGCUGCGCCAGGUUCGGGCAUGCCCGGAUUGGGUGGAUUGCAAGGGGAUAAUACUUGGUCCACGGGCCGUGGUAGCAUUGGCGAUGGUUGGCCAGAUUCCUCAGCGGAUGUUGGCAGUAAGGAUUGGCCAUCCAACCAGGACAGCUUCACCGAUUUGGUUCCUGAAUUUGAACCAGGAAAGCCGUGGAAGGUAGGCUUUUCACCAGUAAUACAAGCCGAAGGUCGAUCAAAAACUUCUUUAAUUUUGCAGGGAAAUCAAAUGAAGAUCGAGGAAGAUCCGACCAUUACACCCGGAAGCAUUGCCCGCAGUCCGAUCGCUUCCAUCUCGAUCGCCAAGGAUUCGGAUCUGUUUGCAGGAAGCAGCAAACCCUCGCCGACGGACUCGAUCAGUCUGUCGUCGUCGACCUGGAGUUUCAAUCCGAACAACAACUUCACCAGUUCCAUUUCCAAGCUGGCGGAGAACAAGAAUACCUGGUCCGACAGUGGCACCUCUGACCUGUGGGGAUCCGGCUUGGGUGGUGGCGGCGGCGGUGGAGCAGGUGCAGCUGGUAAGGCUCCACGUGGUCCACCACCGGGUUUGUCCGCCGGAAAGAAUCCCGGCGGCGGCGGCGGUUUUGGAUCAAACGGAUGGAACCAACGUCCGGGUCCGACCGGUGGCAACUGGGCCGGAGGACCGGCAUGGUACUCCACGUGGGUUCUGCUGAAGAACUUGACUGCACAGAUCGACGGUUCGACCUUACGCACGCUGUGCAUGCAGCACGGUCCGGUCCAGAACUUCCACCUGUACUUGAACCACGGUAUCGCCUUGUGCAAGUACCUGUCCCGCGAGGAGGCUAACAAAGCCCAACAGGCCCUGAACAACUGCGUGCUGGGCAACACGACCAUCUGUGCCGAAUCGCCACUGGCCAGCGAGGUGCAGACCAUUUUGCAGCACUUGGGCAUCCCGGGAGGGGCGAACAAUAACAACAUCAACAACAAUAACAACGGCAACAUCAACGUUGGCUCGGCCGGACUGGGGAACAACAACAAUAACAACGCACAACCGUGGCGUUCGAGUGGAUCUCAGCAGGCGAACAUUCGCUCGGCAGCGGACACCUGGGGCUCCGGCUGGCCCUCAUCCGGCGCUGGCGCCAACCUGUGGACCCCGCUGGACGGGCCGACCGAGCGCGGCACGCCAUCCAACCUGAACUCGUUCCUGCCGGAGAAUCUGCUCGGCGGUGAGCUGAACUGAGUGACGACCACCGGCAAGUUUGGAGCAGCGACCACCAAGUGAGUCAAACAAAACAAAAAAUCGUGAAUAUCAUCAUCGUGAAAUUAAAACCGUACUAUGAGCGCUGAUUUAACAAGUUUUUAGUGUAAGAGCAUGGCGUUGCGCUGGAGCAGCAGCAGCGGAAACAAUUCAAAAAGCAACAACAAACAAACACAAAUACACCCACACACAGGUCUUAACUCAAACGUGUACAAUAUCAGGAAUAGUGUUUGUACAACAGCGAUGCGAAAGAAAUGAUAUUUUGUACAAUUUUAUGUUUUGCUAUUGGAAACACACGAAAACAAAGUUUUUUAGGGGUAGUAUUGUGUAAUGUUUAGCAGUGAUGUAGCGGUUAAGACUUUAUUACCUGACCUUAUUUUUGUUAGAUUUUUUUUAUGUUUUAUAUGCGCGUAUUUAAAGUUUCACUUUACUAAAAUGAAUUCCGCUCGAUUGUGCGGGGAUGUAGCGCGUACAGUCGAGUUUGCUUUAAUACAAACGAACGCAACACGUACACACUCAUGAAGGAACACCGAUAAUUGCAAUGAUAGAUUUGUUAUGUUUUCUUUUUUGUAUUAUUUAAAUACCUGGCACCAUCGCAUUUACUCGCAUAAAAAAACUCAAAACAAAACAAGAAACUUGAUGAAUAUUUGAUAUGAAAGCACAGGGAAUCAAUAACAGCGAUCUCACAAAGUAAGGGGCCAAUCAAAAGAGAGAAAAAACAACAACUUAUUGGUCUUUCCUAAAUAGAG